AAUAAUUCACGUGGCUCAGUGCAAGCGCCCCGGGGGAUGCGCGGAUCUCCGACCUACGGGUUACGGCAGUUGGCUACGGGCCGUAGUACCGGCGCUACGGUGCCGCUACGCGCUUGCUACGAACUCGCGGUUGGGUAAACACGUAUCGUGUAGUGUAGUGUUUCUGCAGUAUAUAGUCAGUCAGUGUAUACUUGAUACAGAUACACAUAGAUACAGACAGACAGUUAACAAAGCACCACAGACAAUGUGCUCCAUGUGGUUCAUCAGCAUCGUGGCUCUGCUCGUGGUGGAUGUCAGGACCGGCGCUCUGCAGGAACGAGAUAUUCGUCCAGCACGAUGUCACUCGUGCGCUCGCGUCAACGGCACCGCAUGCGGGGGCACCUGGUCCUCUGUGCUGUGUCCUGAGGACCGGCCACUGUGUGCCACCGUCGCCAUAAGCCCUGAUUUCGUGUCAUCGCUGGAGUGUGCCGCCGCCAGAGAGACGCCGUGCUCGAUAAGGAGUAGCGCGAACAACUCAAUCGAAGUGACGUGCGUCUGCAACACCCACCUCUGCAAUGCACCGUUCUCACCCACAUUGAGAAAUGAACUUCUCAACUUUGCAUUCAACCUCACAAACAGUAGCGCCGACGCGGCGCAAACCUUCUUCCAGUCAUUUGUCGGUAACAUCACUAAAGAGAAUAUUUACAAAGCGAUAACAAUUGAAGUGACUGAAGCGACUACGACGAUUGCGAGGAACUCGUCUCACUUGACGACUGUGAAAACAGUUCCUGGAACAAUGAAUGCUGAGUCUAUAUUGAGGGACUCGGAGAAGCCGAGAGCUGAGCCCUUGAAGCAGGAGCCGACUGCGCCGUCGGAUGACGACGAGGACGAGAGCGAGGGAAGUGGUGCGUACGAGGAGCCGCGCGUGCGCAACCACGCCGUGUCAGCCCCCGCGGCCCCCAGCUCCUUCCUCCCCGCCGAGAACACCGCCACGCGCAUAUACACAGACACACUCCUAACUACAUUAUUCAUAUACUUUGUAGUCUAGACGCAAAACACAAGUACCCUAGACCUAUUCAAAACUUUCUCAACUAAGUACAAUAAUAUUAAGAGAGUAAUUUAUGAACUAUACCCAGAGAAUUUAACUGAUAUUAACGUUGACCUGUUGGGAACAAAUAAGUACGUUUUGUAAUUUCACAUAUUUAAAACGCCUUUUUGAUUUAUGAUGCGAAUAACUUUUAGUGUUUUUAGUGAUUACCUAGGAUGUAAGUGCCAUUUAAAAUUAUGUUGUCCUGCCAUUAGUUCUCUUUACAAAAAUAAAUAUACCAUUUUGUAAACAAAUAAGAAAAACAACUGUUCAUAGAGUAUUUUCCAUUUCCUGAAAUACGCUGUGAUUGGAAAUCAGACAGUCAUUAUUUUAUUUUGAACUUUCCUCCAUUCUAAUUAUGGUUUGAUAUCAAUCCACGUACCUUCCUAUCGCCUUCAUAUUAUAUGUUCGGGUAAAUUGUGAUAUGUUAGAACCCUCGUGCCAAACGUAAUAUUGUAAAUACUAAUGAGGUUAUUCGAUAUAGAGUUUCGUGUUCAACAAAUUAGGAUCGAAAACAUAAUCUUUUUGAACAAUCACAAAUAUUUAGGAAUAUAUUCACCAUUCCCAACAUAGACGCGUACACUUAGGUAAUGCGAGAUUUUCUUGAACAGAUUUAGAUAUUAGUUAUUACACUCAUAUUGCAACAAUUCAGCUGUCUGGUAGUUUGGACUCGAUAGUUUACGAAAACGUAAUAAAAUUAAAUUUUAUUAAGGCGUUGAUGAAUUUAUAAGUACGAGUCAGAAAUCGAUCUGA